AUGAACCAAAUCUUGAAUAAUGGGAUCAUCAUCGUCAAAGUGGGAUGUCCAAACAAAAAACGUUUGGGAAGGAUUUUACUAUUUACAACAGAUCCUAAAUGUGGUCUGAAACUACAACAAACCCUGAAUACUGCUGCAGUCUUGGAUCAGAAAUGGUGUCCAGUCAAACCAGAUGGAUCCCCAAUUCUUGGUGUGGUGAAUGCUGAGAAAUCAAUUCAGAUAUAUAGGCUUAAAGAUGAGUUGCAAUUGGAGGAAGUAACAAGCUUCACAUUUGAUGAUGAUCCAAGUGAAACAUUGAUAUUAUCUCUAGAUUGGUCAAGAAGUGGUGGAGAUCUAGAAAUUGUUUGCAGUGAUUCAAAAGGAAGAGUACAUUUAUUACAGUUUAAGGAGGAUCAGCUAAUGAUACAACAUUCUCACCAUGCUCAUGGAUAUGAAGCUUGGAUAUCAGCAUUCUGCUAUCAUGAUCUGAACAUAUAUUUCAGUGGUGGUGAUGACUGCAUGUUCUUCAAGUAUGAUAAAAGGGUUAGUCAAGGACCAGUAGCAAAAAAUAGAUCUCAUGAAGCUGGGGUCACAUCAUUACAUUCCCACAGUUCCAAAGAAUAUGUCAUAGCAACAGCAAGUUAUGAUGAGUUCAUCCGUCUUUGGGAUCAUCGAACUAUGAAGCAUGAAAUGAGCAAAAUAAAGAUGCCUGACACAUUAUGGAGAUUGAAAUGGGAUCCUUUCGAGAAGAGUCAUUUGUUAGCAGCUUGUAUGUUGGGUGGUGUUCAUGUAGUAGAUGCUGCAAACAUUCAAAAGUUGAAAAUCAUUGCCCACCACUAUGACCACAAAAAUUUAGCUUAUGGUGCUGAUUGGUGUCACUUAGAUGCUAAAAUGUACACCAAACGGAUUUCUGUUUCAUGCUACUGCUCCAAAGCAGAAAAAGUUGAGGAUGAAGGUCCUAUCAAAUUUUCCAGUAGCCCAGCAAGGCAGUACCGUGCAGAGACAACGCGCAAAGGGUACACAGAGAGUAGACUUUGGUAUGAGCCUCAUAUUAUACUCGCUAGUUUAACAGUAUUUAUGGUGUAUUUUUGUAUAUUGCGAGAGGAGAAUGACAUUGAUCAAGAAUUGGGAAGAAGUCUGUAUAGUAGAAUCGAAGGCUUAGAAGAGCUCCAGCUGAAACAGUCAUUAGAGUAUAAUAGACAACAUAAUUUAGAUACCCAGGAUAUUAUCAGGAGACUCAGGGAACUAGAAAUGGAGAAAAAGAAUCAAGAUAAGAAUAUUAACUAAAAUAGGAUAUGGAUUAAUCAAUGUAUUAGCAUUAUGCAUGUAUAUAUUUCGUAAAUUAUUAUGAUCUAUACAAAAGUGAUAUUGAAACAAUUAAAAUAUUUAUUACAAAGGUUAAAAGUACAGAUGAUGCAUUCUUGGUAACACUGUUCUUAGGUAAUCCUUUAUCAUCAAAUAAAUGGACAUUACACCUGGCUUCUGUGCAUGGUAGGCAUGAAACAACAUUAACAUUUUCUUGCUGAUUCUGUUCCCUGAAGUACUCACAUUGAUCUCUCACAUCUGGUCUUCUUGCAAAACACCCUCUGUAUACUCCGGUCUUAUGUGUUUUAUCUCCUGAAAUAUCAUGCAAUAUUAUUUGAACGAAUUGAAUUUAUCCUGAAGUUUAAUCUGGCCAUAUACUGCAAGCUGUCUGUUUAUGAGCAGGAAGGCUGCAUUCUGACUAUUUUGCUGUAUAUUGCCAGUUUAAAAUCAGGUAGUGGUCACAUCUCUAUCCCUAUGUAACCUAACAAGCAAAUUGCACAAAAAAUGCCUAAAUCCAACUUGUGCUGUUUAGCUCCUUAUUUAUGAUGCAAUAUGCUAUAUUGCAAUAAUAAUUAUAAUAAUAUUAACCAGUGUUGUAUAUGCAAGAGCAUUUACACAAGUCAAAGAAAGAGAAAACUAGUAAGAUCUUAAAUACACAUAAAAUAUACAGAUGAAGAAAGAUUAAUGGCAAAUAUAUACACAUUAAAACAGAUCAAUAAAAUCUUCCAUAACAUCAGGCUCUCUCAUGAGUGGCUUCUUAAAAUGAAAGUCCAAGUUUUUACUGUAGUUGCUUAUAUUUCCCCUGACAUACACAAGGCAUUCCAAGAUAUAUAGGGUAUUUAAAAUUUGACCCUCACGGAUACGAAGCCGCUUAAAUGGGGGCAAAGUUGCAUAUUUGGGUAAUCAACAAAAUGCUGCUUAAAAAGUUUCGAAGUUCAAACUACUUCCUGAGAGAGGCGGAAAAAACCGAAUUUUCUCAAAAUUGUUUUGAUCUUUUCCUGACUUUAUUUGUAGUGGGAUUUCGUAAUAAGUUGUACAUUAUUAUAGCCACAUUUCUCCUCUACAAGAUGACAUAAUUAGAUUUUCAAUAUGACGUUUCAUCUCUUGUCCUCCAACAUCAACUUUAUUUUUACGUAUAAACGCCAUAUUGGACUUUUACUCAGAUGACUAGAGUUUUUAAUUCUGAUUCCAAAAAUAUAUGUUAUCAAACCUUGGGUAUUUAAAAAAAGCAGAAUUUCCUAGGUAGAUGUUUCGCCUACUAGAUUUAUUCCAACUUUUAUUUUUUCCCGACUUUAUUUGAGAUGGUGUUCCAAAACAAAAUGCAUGUUAACAUUUUUUGCCUCUACAAGAUGGCAUAAUUAGAAUUUCAAUAUAAUGUUUCGUUUUUUGUCCUCCAGCAAUAACUUUAUUUUUUCUUAGGGAUGCCAUAUUGGAUUUUUACACAGAUGAAUAGAGUUUUUAAUUCUGAUUUCAAAGAUGUAUAAUAUGUCAUACAUUAACAUUUCCAAACAUUAGUUAUUCCAGAGAAACAGAAGUUCCUAAGUAGGCCUGGAAAUUAUCAGAUUUUAUUUGUUUCGUAUACCAGUCUACCAGAGCAGACCUCAAAUUGAACAUAGCAACAGAGUUUGCAAGACUGAGGAGAAGAGACACAACCAGAGCAGUAAACAAUGUACAGAGAAGAGUCAGGCUUUGUCUUCAAAAUAACGGACAACAUUUUGAACAUCUGCUAUGGUUUGCCUCUGUUUAUUUAUGAUUAUUAUUGUUAUAAAAUUUUCUUUUGUAGUCAGGUUUUGCCAUACCUUUUUAUUUCCUUAUAAUUUUCAUUGAACAACAAAUUCUUGAUCAACUAAGGAAUUACAUUACUGAAUUUAGGAUUGAAAAGUCCAUUUAAAUGUACAAAAUUCCAAUAUAGCGUCCUUAUGGAAAAACAAAGUUGGUGAUGGAAGUUGAAAGCAGAAAUGUCAAACUGAAAAUUUGAAUACGCUAUCUUAGGAGAGGAAAAUAAGUAACAGUGACAACAUGCAAUUUAUUUUGAAAACGCAUCCCAAAUAAAGUCAGCAGAAAGUAAAAGUUAUUUUGGGAUAAAAUGACUAUCUGAUAAUUUCAAGGCCUAACAUGGGAAAUUCUGCUUUUUUAAAGGAACUAAAGCUUAGCAAUUUUAAUACAAUUAUAAUAAUAAAUAAUAAAACACUAUUAAUCUGCACAAAAAUCCAAUAUGGCGUCCAUAAGAAAAAAUAAAGUUGAUGCUGGAGGACUAGAGAUGAAACGUCAUAUUAACAUUAUAAUUAUGCCUUCUCGUAGAGGAGGAGAAGUGGCAAUGAUAAUGUGCAAUUUAUUUUGAAAUCCCACUACAAAUAAAAUCAGGAAAAAAUUAAAACGAUUUUGGGCAAAUUUCGUUUUUUCCGCCUCUCUCCGGAAGUACUUUGAGUGUCGAAACUUUCUAAGCGGCAUUUUGUUGAUUACCUAAAUACGCAACUUUGUCUUCUUUAAGCGACUUCGUAUCUCUUACAGUUUACGAGACCCCCAGUGGUGAGAGUCGAAUUUGAAACACCCUGUACAUACACGUUAAGUUCAAAAUGAAUGCGUAAACACAGGAAUCCCAGAAUCCUAGUCCUGAUAUCACCCUCACACAUUUUCUUUGUACUGCAAACUAUCAUAACGAAAAACUGCUUGUGUAUAUUAUUUGUAAUUAUAAUUGAGAUAAAAAAUUAGGGCCAUUCAAAACUUGGAAAACUCUUUAUAAAUGGAUGGCACAAUAGAGCACAAAAAGGAA